GGCUCGGGGCGGGCGGCGGGCCCGGCUCGCGCUGCGCACGGACGAGGGGCGCGGGGCUGGGCCGGGCGCUGGUGUCGGCUGUGCGUUGUCGCCCGCGCGGGGAGGGGGCGGCCUCGCCCCUGGGCCGGGCCGGGCUGUCCGGAGGGUCGCGGGUCGCACGAGGCGCGGGCAGCCCCCGGCGGCCCGCUCGGCCCCCCGGAGGGGCAGCGGCGUGGAGGGGCGGGGCGGGUGUGUAAAUGUUGCGCACUCGCUUUUCCCCCACCCCCGCCUCCUGCCGGGGUGCUGGCGUGGGUCCCUCGCCGUCCGGCGGCGACUGUAAAUAGAGCCUGGCUGUUGUUUACAUGAAGGAUCCGGCGGGAGGAGUCUGCGAGGAGGAGGCGGAGGACGAGGAGGAGGAGGGAGGGAGGAGAGAGGAAGACCGGAGUCCCCGCGGCGGCGGCGGCGGCGGGGAGCCCCGCGCGGCUCCCGGGGACCGGGCGCUGCCACGAGGCCGGGACGCUGGACGCUGGGGAAUCUUCGCUCACGCUGCUACCCUCACGCCAGCUGCCAGCUCCUCGGAGGAGGACCACACCUGUGCCUGUUCCCGCUUUGGAGGAGAGUUGUGGUCUACAGAUGUGUUGGGAUUUCUUUUCCCCCUGGACCUGCACCCCGCCAACCGGCGACUCACUGCUGGGUUUAGAUUGAGAGAGAGCGGUGACCCACUUCAGCCCGGUGCGCCUUCUUUCUUCCCCACUGUGUCUUCUGUUGGAAUCCUCUGCUUUCCCCCACCGCCCCUUCAUUCUGCCCCUAAGAGCUUAGCCCAGAAUCAGGCCUAAGCAGCCCGUCUCUGGCUCUCUUCCGUGGGCCCCACCCUGGCCCCUCUUGGUUCUAAAGAGCCAAACACGCCUUCCAGGCAGAAGGCACACCCAGCCCCAAAUCUAACCAUUCCAAAAGGGAGGAGGGAACCAUGGAAGCCAAGGGACCCAGGGGUCUCAUUUCUCUCCUGGAUAUCCCCAGCAGCAUUUCUCUCUUCAGGCCUCCUGGAGUUAUAAUCGCCUGAUUCUUACCAGCUGUUCCUCCCACCCUCUUUGCCCCUAGUGCUGUGAUAGAUAUUUGGGGAGGUGGGGUUGAGGGUUGGAGAAAAAGGUGGUCACCCUUCUUGCCUAGAGGGAGGCAUUUCCUUCUCCCAGUCUUUUCAUUUUCGAGAUGGUUAGUAAGUAAAAUAUGUAAAUAUGUUUGCAUGCUUAUUUGAACGUGUUUUCUUGCUGGCUAGUGAAUAGCUGGGACUCAAAAGGGAGGUAGGGGGAAGGAGACAGAAAUGAACAUUCCCCCUGGUUUCCCCAUGAGCAUCCCCAGAGCUGCUGGAGAAGACCCUUCUGUAAAAGCCAGCAGUCUCCCUUCCAUGACAUCACCACCUAAGCCCUUCCAACUUUAGCUUCAGAACAGGAAGAAAGCUCAAAAUAGAACCACCUUAGGAAUCCAGCUCCUUUAGAAGAUCAACUUUUCAAUCAGCGGCCGGAGGAACACGGAACUUUGACACAGGGAGAGAAAGCUGUAGUGUUUGUAAUUGGUUCCUUUGGGAAGGGUGGGGGGUGCUUUCCAUGUACUUUCAGAAAAGCUUUUCUCAAGAUAACUUAGGUACCUAGACCAAUGAAUGAUUAAUAGGAUGUUGGAAAUUCGUUUAUUGAAUUAUUCAUAUGUUUCAGUAUGUCAACAAUAACAAGCACUUUUCAGAUUGAAUUAAAGAGGCUGCCGGAAUGUGCUCUAGAGAGGCUGCUAGAGAGGAGGAGGUCGUGGGGGGAGCUAGGAGGGAGCACUGGAGGGAAGCGAAGAGUCUGAGGAUGCAGCGAGUGCUGCCGUGAGUGUGGAAGUUGGGAGGCUCCUUGUAAACAAUGACUGUAACUUUCACGGGGUGACUAAUAUCCUGGACGAAGACGUGACGAUGUCAGGAUUUUCCACCUUGACCAAAGAAAUGAACUCCGUGUCUUUGAAUCUCAGUGCCUCCGUUCUUUCCCUGAGUUGAGAUGAGCCUUUCUCUCUGAGCUAAAAGAGUUGUUCAGUCUUUGGGAAGGGCUGCUUGGUAAAUGAUCAUCACUGAAGGAUUGACAGCGGGGCAGAAAGUCCUUGACGUAACUUGAGCCCCUGGGGGUACUGUAGAAGGACUUGCUGGCUGAAAGGGUAACUAACGUCUUUUAAUGUGGCUCAGGCUUAAAAGGAUCCAGGGGGGUAGAGACAGGGUUGUCUGCACCUGCAUUAAUAUGGUACCCACUAGCUACGUGUGGCCAUCAGCCACUGAAAUCUGGCUGUGGUGAGGAGGAGCUGACUUUCAAAUUUAUUUAAUUCUUAAAAUUGAUACUUGAUUAAUUAUUGGAAAACUUAAAUAUGUUUGAAAACAACUUGAGCGUGUGCGUCUGCUUUUUAAACUGUAAAUGUUAUAAAGUCUAAAUACAGAUUAAAGAUUUCUGAUGAAAGCUUGUUCAAAUUGCUAUGUGUUGUAAGUGUAAAAUACACCCUGGAUUGCAAAGACUUAGGACAAAAAAAGAAAGUAAAAUAUCUCAUGAAUAAUUAUUGUAUUGGUAACAUAUUCAAAUGGUAAUAUUUGGGAUAUAUCGAGUUAAAUGAAACAUUGUUAAAGUUAAUUUCACCUGUUUCUUUUUUAAUUUUUUUAAAACGUGGCUAUUUAGAAUAUUUAAAUGACAUAUGUAGCUUGCAUUUUACUUCUUUUGGACAGUGCUGCUGUAGAACAUCGCUCCUUUUGAUCCAGGGGUUAAUUUUAAAAGAGAUGACUGCAUGAAAUCCAGUUAUUUCGUGUUCGUCGACCAUCUCCUUUCCUCUGCUAUUUUCCACAUGGAGAUUUGGGGACCCCAAGAAUUAUUAUCACAGUGCCUGAGACCUAAUGGUGACCCCUUUCUGGAUCCUAUGCAGGAAGUGUGCCCUACUCAGGACGGUCAAUAAAAAUGUGCAGGGUGCGACAAGGGCUAGUGGGGGCAUCAUGGGAAAAUCUCGGUACCUACACAUCUGGCUAUGGCUGCGUUUGUCAGAGGCUCCUGGGCAUAACUAGGAUGUAUCAGAAGAGUGGGUAGGUAGCUCAGUAACUGUUGGGACACCUGGUGGCAUCUUAGUGAUUCCACUCACCACUCACCUUUGUUUAUUUUCUCUUCCUCCUUCAUUUACUUUCUAACUCCUCGUAGCUCCACUGAAGGUGAUAGGGCCCACAAGGCUGCUGACCUCUUUCCUCUGAAAAAAAGUAUAUUGCUGACCUGACUAGAGAUAAUGCUUUCUUCGGGGUUUGGUUUGGUCUAAUGAGAUUCAGUAAUGGCCCUGGAAGGGUCUUAGGGGCCAUUUAGUACUCCCCCCUCAUUUU